AUGUCCUCUAUUCUUUCAAUCCAUUUUCAUUUUAAUAAUGUCUAUCCUUUCAAUGUGUCUAUCCAAUGUGCCUUUCAAUGUGUCUAUCCUUUUAAAUGUGUCUAUCCUUUCAAUGUGCCUAUCUUCAAUUUAUCCUUUCAAUGUGUCCUUUAUCCUAUUCAUUUCAAUGUGUCUUUAUCCUUUCAAUGUGCCUAUCCUUUCAAUGUGUCUAUCCUUUCAAUGUGUCUAUUCUUUCAAUGUGUCUAUUCCUUUCAAUGUGUCUAUCCUUUCAAUGUGUCUAUCCUUCAAUGUGUCUAUCCUUUCAAUGUGUCUAUUCUUUCAAUACCUAUUCUUUCAACCUAUCCUUUCUAUCCUUUCAAUGUGUCUAUUCAUCCUUUCAAUGUGUGCCUAUCCUUUCAAUGUAUCCUUUCAAUGUGUCUAUCUAUUCUAUUCUUUCAAUGUGUGUGUCUAUCCUUUUUCAAUGUGUCUAUCCUUUCAAUGUGUGUAUAUCCUUUCAAUGUCUAUCCUUUGUCUAUUUUCAAUCCUCCUUUCAAUGUGGCUAUCUUUCUUCAAUGUGUCUAUCCUUUCAAUGUGUCUAUCUUUUCAAUGUGUCUAUCCUUUAUCUAUCCUUUCAAUGUGUCUAUUCUUUCAAUGUGUCUAUCCUUUCAAUGUGUCUAUCCUUUAUCUAUCCUUUCAAUCCUAUUCUUUCAAUGUGUCUAUCCUUUCAAUGUGUCCUAUUCAUUCCUAUCCUUUCAAUGGGCUAUCAUUUCAAUGUGGCUAUCCUUUCAAUGUCUGUUCUUUUCAAUAUUUCAAUGUGUCUAUCCUUCAAUGUGCCUAUUCUUUCAAUGUGUCUAUCCUUUCAAUGUGUCUAUCUUUCCCAAUGUGUCCUUUCAAUGUGCCUAUCCUUCAAUGUGCCUAUCCUUUCAAUGUGUCUAUCCUUUCAAUGUGUCUAUUCUUUUCAAUGUGCGUCUAUCCAAUGUGUCUAUUUUCAAUGUGCCUAUUCUUUCAAUGUGUCUAUCCUUCAAUGUGCCUAUCCUUUCAAUGUGCCUAUCUUAUCUUUCAAUGUGCCUAUUCUAUUUAAUGUGUCUAUUUUUCAAUGCGUCUAUCCUUUCUAUUCAAUCAAUGUCUAUCCUUUCAAUGUCUAUUCUUUCAAUGUGUCUAUUCUUUCAAUGUGUCUUUCAAUGUAUCCUUUCAAUUCUUUCAAUGUGUGUUUCUAUUCUAUAUCCUUUCAAUGUGUCUUUUUCCUUUCAAUGUGCCUAUUCUUUCAAUGUGUCUAUCCUUUCAAUGUGUCUAUUCUUUCAAUGUGUCUAUUCUUUUAAUGUGUCUAUCCUUUCAAUGUGUCUAUCCUUUCAAUGUGUCUAUCCUUUCAAUGUGUCUAUCCUUUCAAUGUGUCUAUCCUUUCAAUGUGUCUAUUCUUUCAAUGUGCCUAUCCUUUCAAUGUGUCUAUCCUUUCAAUCCUUUCAAUGUGUCCUAUUUUUCUUUCCUUUCAAUGUGGCUAUCCUUUCAAUGUGUCUAUCCUUUCCAAUGUGUCUAUCCUUUCAAUGUGCCUAUUCUUUCAAAUCCUUUAAAAUGUGCCUAUUCUUUUUUAAUGAGUCUAUCCUUUCAAUGUGUCUAUCCUUUCAAUGUGUCCUAUCCUUUCAAUUGUCUAUCCUUUCAAUGUGUCUAUUCUUUCAAUGUGUCUAUCCUUUAUUCUAUCCUUUCAAUGUCUAUUCUUUCAAUGUGUCUAUCCUUUCAAUGUCUAUUCUUUCUUUCAAUGUGUCUAUCCUUUCAAUGUGUCUAUCCUAUCUUCUUUCAAUGUGUCUAUCCUUUCAAUGUGUCUAUUCUUUCAAUGUAUCUAUCCUUUCAAUGUGUCUAUCCUUUCAAUGUGCCUAUUCUUUCAAUGUUUCUAUCCUUUCAAUGUGUCCUAUUCCUUUCAAUGUUCUAUCCUUUCUCUAUUAUUUCAAUGUGCCAAAUUCAUCCUUUCAAUGUAUCUGUCUAUCCUUUUAA